AAGGAUCUAAACAAGCUCAAUUUUGGUGUAGAGAGAGAAAUUCCAGAUUUGGAUUUCAAGCUGACUUUCUGAACACCAAGCAGAUCUUCCCUAUUCCCAUUGGCUCUUUCCACUUUCUCGCAGACAUACAGGCACUGAAGAACCCACAGAAAGCCCAGAUUAAUUCAUCACUCCAAAAUUCCAAGUUUUCUCUCUCCCACUCUCUCUCCUCCACCUCCACUCAGAUUUGCGCCUAAUUCCCAUAUUUUCUCUCUCUUUCACUCUCAUGGCUGCUCUUUGCCUCCAGAUCAGUUCUCCCUCCCCAGUCUAUUCUCCCCAAUUCCCCGUCGUUUGAGCUCUGAAUUGCCUACUUCUGCUUUCAAUCGGUCGUUUUCUUUGAUGGGAUUUUCUUGCUUCCUUGUACUCGUGAGAAAAUCGGUGAUUGAAGUGCUUCUAUUGGUUGCUAUGGUGGGAGAUGACGUUUAGAAUUGAGAAAUGGGGUGUUUCAUUAGCCGUGAGGCAACUUCAAGAAGUGUAGAGGCCCCUGUAGAUAAGGGGAAGAGGAAUCAAAUUACCGAGUCUCAUGUCCGGGUCGACGGUGUUCAGGAAAAAGAAGUAGAGCAUGUAAAUGCUAAUGUAGAGGAAAGUAAGGAGGAGGAGCAGCAGGCUGAUGGGGGGCAGGAUCGCUCACGCAGGGAGCGGAGAAAGUCAAGGAAGGUUCCGAGGCCGAGUAACUUGCCAAACCAUUCCCAGGGAGAGCAAGUUGCUGCCGGGUGGCCAUCUUGGCUCACGACCGUUUGUGGGGAGGCUCUCAAUGGUUGGAUUCCUCGAAAGGCUGAUACAUUUGAAAAGAUUGAUAAGAUUGGACAAGGAACGUAUAGCAAUGUGUAUAAAGCUAAAGAUAUACUUACAGGUAAAAUUGUUGCACUGAAGAAGGUUCGAUUUGACAAUCUGGAACCUGAAAGUGUUAAAUUUAUGGCUAGAGAGAUUCUCAUCCUUAGGAGAUUAAAUCAUCAAAAUGUUGUGAAGUUGGAGGGGUUGGUUACAUCACGGAUGUCUUGUAGUUUAUACCUGGUUUUUGAGUACAUGGAGCAUGAUCUAGCUGGUCUUGCUGCAAAUCCAUCAAUAAAAUUUACAGAAUCUCAGGUAAAAUGUUUCAUGCAACAACUGCUAUCUGGACUGGAACACUGUCACAACCGUCGGGUGCUUCACCGUGACAUUAAAGGAUCUAAUCUUCUCAUUGAUAGUGGAGGAGUGCUUAAGAUUGCUGACUUUGGGUUGGCUUCUUUCUUUGAUCCAAAUCACAAGCACCCUAUGACUAGUCGGGUAGUUACCUUAUGGUAUCGACCUCCUGAACUUCUUCUUGGAGCAACUGAUUAUGGAGUUGGUGUAGACCUCUGGAGUGCUGGCUGUAUAUUGGCUGAGUUAUUAGCUGGGAGACCUAUUAUGCCUGGCCGCACAGAGGUAGAGCAACUGCACAAGAUAUAUAAGCUUUGUGGUUCCCCUUCAGAUGAAUAUUGGAAAAGAGCAAAACUGCCAAAUGCAACCUUAUUUAAGCCCAGAGAUCCUUAUAAAAGAUGUAUAAGGGAGACAUUUAAAGAUUUCCCGCCAUCGUCACUACCCCUUAUAGAAACGCUUCUUGCAAUUGAUCCAGUAGAACGAAAGACGGCAACAGAUGUAUUAAAUAGCGAGUUCUUCAUGACAGAACCUUUAGCUUGCAAACCCUCUAGCCUCCCAAAAUAUCCUCCCAGUAAGGAGAUGGAUGCUAGAAGGCGGGAUGAUGAAGCUCGGAGGCUUAGAGCAGCUAGUAAACCCCAGGGAGAUGGAACGAAGAAAACACGUGCACGUGUCAGGGCUCUUCCAGCUCCUGAAGCCAAUGCCGAGCUACAAACAAAUAUCGACAGAAGACGCUUAAUUACACAUGCAAAUGCAAAGAGCAAGAGCGAAAAGUUCCCCCCACCACACCAAGAUGGAGCUCUCGGCUUUACGCUAGGAUAUUCACGUCAUAUUGACCCGUCCGGUGUUCCUCCCGACAUACCAUUCAGCUCAACUCUGUUUACUUAUUCAAAGGAUCCAGUCCAAGCCUGGUCUGGUCCACUGGUCCCUGCUGCUGGCACUGAUGCUCCUUCUAGACAGAAGAAGCAUGUGGGAGGUAAAGGCAAGAAAAUCAUGGUCUAAAAUUUUGAUAAGAUUGUGGUUGGACUGCCUGUUUGCUGAUAAGAGUAUCAUCAAAUUCUUCCCACUGUUCAUCCAAAUACUGACAAUUAAUCUGCCUUGCAUGCUCUCAGUUGAAAAGAUUAUGAAUUUUAAGAUCUGAGAGGUGGAGUGGCAUCGAUUUUUCGGUUUCAUAGUUGCAUUGACCUAAUUUUUUCCCCCUCGAAAAGGGUAUAAAUUUGCUUUUUUAAGUGAUGAGAAAUUUAACAAAGUAAUGUAUAUGUUGAUUUGUUCUGUCCAA